AUGGGAGCGCAAGAGUAUGUGUGCAGAGCACUCUUCACAAAUAUCAAGGAAGAAGAACUUACAAGCGUUCAAGGCAUUACCAAAAAGUUCAAGGUUGCCUGUUGUCCUGGACGGAAUUGCAAGCUCGACGGACCCCUGAAAUGGGAAUCUGGAUGGACAAACCCAUUCACCCAUUUUCUAGUUUGUUUUGCAAAGAAAAAUAAGGCAGCACUAAAAGUCUUAGCAGAUAAGGCAAAUGCAGCGAAGGAAAAACAGAGGCAGCUUCCAUUUCGUCCAGUUGAACAAAUUGCACCAGCAGGUCUUCGGGUGUCUGGUCCGCAAGACAAGGCUAUGCAUAAGUGGGUGGAACUUAUUGUGUGCAAAAACUCUCCGCUCUUGCAUGUUGAUGACCCCCUAUUCAGGGAAAUGGUAUAUGGUAGCACACCAAGUGAUGCUAAGCUGACAACUUUUGGCAGUAAACAAGUGAGGGAUACUAUCUUGAUGCUUUCGUAUCUUGUGGAGACACAAAUCAAGGACGAGAUGAAAUUAACAAGUGCCGGGACCAUCCUUCAUGAUGGGUGGAGCAGGUACUCCUCUCAUUAU